AUGAGCGGGAGUGGGUCGGGCUCGGUAGGCUCGUACUACUACUCGUACUCGGACGGGGGAGUAGACGACGGUGUGGCUGGCCAUGGCUCGUACGACGACGGCUCCUCGCACUCGGCGUCAUCGUCAUCGGUGGCCCUGGAAGAGCCAAAGCUCAAGUACUCGCGGGUGGGCGCAGACCUCAUCCGCAUUGUCCAGAAGGAUGCCAUCGUCUGUCUGGAGGCUGGGCCAAAGUUCUUGGCUGUGGGAACAUCGUACGGAGCUGUGUACCUGACGGACCACCUGGGCAACCUGAUCAAAGAGUACCACUCGCACAGCAUGGGAGUCAACGCGAUCUCGAUCGACGGGGCGGGAGACUACAUCGGAACGUGCUCGGACGACGGGACGGCGGUGGUCAACUCGCUCUUUGACGAAGAGUCGUACCGGUACACCUUUCAGCGGCCAAUGAAGGCCAUUGCGCUCUCGCCCAACUUCCGCGACGACAAGGCAUUUGUGGUCGGCGGGCUGGAUGGAGUGCUCGUUCUGCGGCGAAAGAAAAAGUGGUCGGCGUUUGGCAAGUCCAAGGACACGAUCAUCCACCAGGGCGAUGGCGCCAUCUAUGCCAUCUCGUGGCGCAAGUCGAUCAUUGCGUGGGCGACGCCUGUGGGGAUCAAGAUGUACGAUCGCGAGACUGAGGAGCGGAUCACGUUUAUCGAGCGGCCGGCCGACGCGCCGCGGCCGGACGAGUUCCGCUGCCACCUGGUGUGGGUCAACGAUGCGACGCUGCUCAUCGGGUGGGCCAACUGGGUCAAGGUUGCAGUCAUCCGGCAGAGCCACGUCAAGUACUGCGAGAUCAUCGGCUCGUUCCGGACAGACUACUUUGUGGGCGGCAUUGCACCGUACAAAGAGGCGAUGCUGGUCGUCAUUGCCUACACCGAGGAGGCGGCGGCGAAUGAGAGCGAUUCCGGCGAAGGCGCAACGUCAUCGCGGCGUGUGGUCGAGACUGUGCCGCGGCGGCCCGAGCUGCGAAUCAUCUCGUACGAGAACGACCCGGUCUCGUCGGACGCGCUCGAGACCCACGGCUGGCAGUACACCCACUGCCGCAACUACUCGCUGGCGUACCUCCACGACGGCGUCGACGAGAUGCUGUACGUCAUCUCGCCCAAGGACGUGGUCCUCGCCCAGCCGCGCGGGCCCGACGACCACGUCCAUUUUCUCAUGGAGCACUCCAAGUUUGAGGAGGCGCUGGCCGCGGCAGAGGCGACGGCGAGCCAGCUCCAGUUCUACUCGGUGGCGCAGAUCGGGCGUACCAUCCUCGACCUGCUGCUGGAGCGCGGCGAGGUGCGGCGGGCAGCGUCGAUGCUGCCGGCAAUUCUUAAGGACGACCGUGGCGCGUGGCGCGAGUGGAUCCUUCUCUUUGAGGCGCAGGGCCUGCUCGCCGAGCUCGUCGAGUUUGUGCCGACGACAGCGCCGCAGCUCGAGGCCGACCUUUACGACCUCAUUAUCACCCACCUGCUUGCCAACGACCAUGCCGGCCUCCUCACAGUUGUCUCCAAGUGGCCGCCGAGCCUGUACUCGAUGACUUCGGUCAUCCUGGCGGUCGAAAGGGCGCACGCCUCGUUUGCCGAGGACGAGGACGAGGGCGCGUCGCCCAAGGUACUCAUGGAGGUUCUCGCCAAGCUCUACACUCUGUCAGGCCAGUACGACUCUGCGGUCCAGUUCUGCCUCGACCUCAACGUCGGUGACGUGUUCCAGCUCAUCGAAGAGCACAAGCUCUUCUCCGCCGUCCUCGAGCGCAUUCCGCAGCUUGUCGAGGCCGACGCCGACAAGGCCGUCGCGCUCCUUGUCAAGUACAAGGACGAGAUCCCGCCGGACCACGUUGUGUCUGCGCUCCGCGGGCCGGUACUCGAGGAGAGCCUCCUCCUGUACCUCCACGAACUGAUGAAGAAGGAUCCGCACAUUGGCUCGGACUACCAUGAGGAGCAGGUGGUGCUGUACGCCAAGUACAAGCCGGAGCUCCUGCUCAACUUUCUCCGCCAGUCGCAGUACAUCCCGCUCGAGCGGGCAUUCAAGGUGUGCAAGGGCUCGGAGCUUCACGAGUGCAUGGUGUUCCUCCUCGAGAAGAUGGGCAACACCCGCGAGGCGCUCGACCUCAUCAUCCGCAAAAUCGGCUCAGUCCGCAAGGCCGUUGCGUUUGCACAGGAGCAGGCCGACGAGGAGCUGUGGGACGACCUCAUCUCCAAGUCGAUCGAAAAGUCCAAGGUCGAGCCGCAGUUCCUCGGCGAGCUCCUCGAGCACAUCGGCGGACACAUCAAGCCGGCCAAGCUCAUCUCGCGCAUUCCCGAGAACCUUGCCAUCCCGCGCCUCCGCGACCGCCUUGUCAAGAUCAUCACCGACUACAACCUGCAGACCUCACUCCGGUCCGGAUGCGCCCGCAUCCUCCGCAACGACUGUGUCGACCUUAUGGAGCGCCUCGUCAAGAACAACCGCCGCGGCGCCCACGUCGCAGGCGCCGCCGAGUGCAUGACUUGCCGCGCCAUGGUCAACGUCUCCUCCCGCGGUGCUCGGAGCACCGACGACGGCGUCGUCGUCUUUUUCUGUGGCCAUGUCUACCAUCGUGCUUGCCUUGCCCAGUCGGUGGUCGGCGGCGGCGGUGUCGCUGUGUGUGUCGUGUGCCGUGCGCAGGCGGCUAGCAUCAAAAAGUGCUUGCUCUCCUCUCCAUGUGGAAAACGAUACGGUUUAAUCAAGACACGGCCCGGGCGUCCCGAGCCUGCAGAAUGGACCACAGCUUACGAAAGCAUGGCCAUGGCGGCGACGACGUCGCUCUCGAUGCCGCACUCGUCGUGGCCGCGGAGGAUCUUAAAGUAGCCGUUGUCACCCCAGGCGGUGGUCCACGAGUUCUUGAUGAGCCAGUACGGCUCGCCGUUCUCGGUGCCAAAGCCGACAGGCGAGACGCAGUGGCCGCCGAGCACGCCGCCCGAGGUGUGCUUGUACACGCCCGACUUGUAGUGGAUAAAGUCCUCGUAGACGGUGAAGCAGGCCUCGACGGUACCGUGGGCAACGAUCUCCUUGGCAAUGUCAUCGGCCCGGUUAAGGAACGAGCCAACCGAGUAGGGGCGGCCGACGUGGAAGGCCUUG